AUGUACUCGUUUGGGCUUCCUCACCUGGAGAUUUGGAAAUGGUCUACGCCUUCGGAACCGCCCGUGGCUCCGUUUGAGAAUGGCCUUCUAGCUGCUGUGUUUGACGCUUCCAUGAAAGUGCUGAUGCCUUUGACCAUUGCAGUGGUGUACUUUUCAGCUGUGCACUUUAUCAACCCAAUUGUGAUUGACCGCCAGAAGAGAAAGGCUCGGUUGGAGAAGGAGCUGCUUACUGAGGUGCAAGUUAAACGCUUGAGACCUGCUCCAGUGAAGGUGGCUGAAACUUCGGUGUUUAAGGCAUUGGUGUUUCUUCACAAUGUGUUUCUUUGCGUUUACUCCGUCUGGACGUUUAUUGGCAUGCUUCGUUGCUUUGGCAGAACUGCUGCUUCCAUGUCGUUGAAGUACAACUCUCAACACAAACUUCUGAACUUUAUUUAUGCUGUGUGUGAUGUGGAGAACGGUGUGUUCAAGCAGGACUCCCUUACAAAGAACUUGACCAUCUACGGCUGGUGGUUCUACAUGUCAAAGUUCUACGAGGUCAUUGACACCAUUAUCAUCCUUAUGAAGGGCAGACCUUCUUCUCUCUUGCAGAGCUACCACCAUGCUGGCGCCAUGAUGUGCAUGUGGAGCGGGAUCCGUUACCGUUCUCCUCCAAUCUGGAUUUUCGUGGUUUUCAACUCUUUCAUCCACUCCUUGAUGUAUUUCUACUUCUCCUUGUGCUGCCUCAAGGUGCGUGUGCCAAUGAUUGUGAAGCGUGUCUUGACGUCGCUCCAGAUCUCUCAGUUCGUCGUGGGCGGCUCUUUGGCUGUGUUCCAUGCCUUUGUGUGGUACUGGGACCAGCAAAGCAACACCUUCAACAACUGCAUCAAGUCUGCCGAACAGGCUUUGCCUCUUAUGAUUAACGUCGCCUACUUGACUCCAUUGACCAUGUUGUUUGCUGCCUUCUACAUUGAAAGCUACAUCAAGGGAGGCAAGAAGACACUGUAA